GAGCUGCUGGGAAUCCACCCAUGCAGUGACGUCACGGGGCUCUGACAAGCUGGUGGUGCCGGAAGAAAAGAUGGCGGAUCAUGAGGAGCAGCUAUCCGACGAGGAAAAGGUAAGACGCCUUUUUAUCCGCUAAAAACACCCAAACUGGAGACGUUAUCGCUCGGGUUUUGUGUCGCGUAAGAGUCGGACACUGUGUGCAUCUCUGCGUCGACCGAACGUGCUGAAACGGGUGUAAAAAGCCCGGGCCUCCUCCUCUUCUCCUCCACCGCUGCUGCUGCUGCUGCUUCUGCUCUCUGUAUUUUUAGCUCAAGUUCCGCUCAUCUGCGAACCUCAAACGGAGGCUCCUUGUACGGUCCUGACUCAAAAUAGGAGCCGUGGACUUGUUAUGAAUUCACCUAAGCUUGCAUCCCACACCUCCGUGGUUCCGUGGACUGGUCGUUUCUUGAUUUUAGUGUUUUGGUUUUUGGUGUUAAGGAAGUUUUCAUACAGGAAAGAUCGCUAGCUAGUUAGUGUAGCAUAGCCGGAGCCUGCUAACAGAUAGCCGGACUUACCAACACGCCCUUUUUCGCUGUUUGACACCCGCUUUUCUUUCGGUACACUAAUGUAAUUAAAAACAGAGGACAAACAAGACCGAUUAUUUCACAUAAAGUGGGAUUAUAAUCUCAUUUUAACAGGAUUUUACGAGCUAACUGCUUCACCUCCUCUAAACGGGCUUUCAUUCAGCAUAAAUGUGUUACAACUGUGUAAAAAAGAUGUGUAAAAUCCCCCCAAAAAACAAGAGUUUGUGUUUUUAUAAUCUAGUUAAAGUGCAAUCUAAUGCUUUUGUGCAAAUCAGGAAGUGAAGGUUUAAGUAGAGGCAGGUUUACACCUCAGUACACCCCUGCCAGAGUCAGACUUUUUCAGUUUCUCAUUUCCUUAAAAGAGCAUAGACACACACACACACUCACACACACACACACACACACACACACACACACACACACACAUACACACACACACAGAGCCAAUCCUCUCAGACAUCAGGAGUGUUCAUCUGCAUAAAACCUAAAUGCACUUUGCUAUGUCCUCCUUAAUGGGUUUAUAUGACUCUGCAGCCUUAAAUCUUUUAAUGAGUCUCUUUAUUUUGGUCAAUGUUACUACGGUUAACUACCGUUUAAAGCUCUGGUACUAACACUUUUGAUCAAUAGUUAAAUAUUUUUUUAAAGUUUCAGUAAAUUGUCAUAAAAAGCAGUAAUUUUAGUGUUGAUGUGUGAUGUGUAAAGACAUGCUACAUUUAGGGUUAGGAUUGCAGUGUAUUUGUGUUAUAAUGCCCACAACAGCUUAAAUAUAACAAACAUUUAUCUAAUGAUAUAUCAAUAUAUCCCUUUAAAAGGCAGCAUGUUAUAACUGCCACCAUGAGCAGUCAACCAGGAGUCACUUCUUAAGGGAAAUCUGUGGAAAGUCCUGUAUUAUUGUUUAAUAUUGAAAUCAAUAUUAGACACCAACAUCAUAUAAUUGCAUCUCAAGAGUCAGGAAGACCAUAUAAUCCUCAUCAUCAUCUUUUUUUGCAGGUUAAAUACCUGUUUUGUCACUGUUUUAAAAAGAACCCGAGCACUCAAGAUCAGUGGUGGGCAUAGAUAAUGAGAAAUAUAACAAUAACCCUUCAUGUGUUGAUGAAAUGUCAGCUUAGAUAAGAGGUUAUCUGUUCAUCUUGUUAAUCUAACUCAAGAUCCAAGUCCAGUGAAAGGUCUACGAAGGUCUUAUUCUCAAAUUUAGCUCAGCUUGUAAGAGCAAAAUGUGGAUCCCUUUUACUUUCUCAGGUAAACAAACUGACUGUAGGAAGAGUUAAACAGACAGGUGAUGCUAAAAUGAUGGUGGUGUCUCAGCUGAGCAUCAGUAUCGACAAAUAUUGAUCUUGUUGACUGACAUUGGCACUGAAGCAAACAGUGUGUCGUGUCAAAGUCAGCAGCUGAACCUAACCUAUCUUCAUCCCGAUGUGGAAAGUUAGUACAACCAACUUAGAGAGGUUUUCUGUUGGGCCGAGGAAGUCCCCUAUCGGACAAACUCUGAUUCAGUUCAGGGAUCGAAAGAAAACUGUGCAGCAUGGGAGUGUUACACGGUCUCUGAGAAAGAUGUUUUAAGAGAGAUGUUUUAAAAAUCUGAGACUAAAAUCAUGCAAAGAAGUAACGCAAAAUCAUCUGUAUUGUCUGUCAGCAUGAGAUGAAUCAAUAUUUUAAACAUCAGUGCUGGUAUCAGCUCAGAUUUUCACAGAAUAUGAAUUUAACAAUUUUAGAAACAUGUGUUUUGAGUGAAUGACUCCAUUUCAAUCAGUUUUUCAUCACAUUAAGUGUCAGAAAUGUGAAAAGUUUGCUCUAUUGGGCGUGUAGGUUUGAACAAAUAGGAAGUUUGGGUUUGACUGUGUGUGUACGUGCACUGAACUUGACUACCCACCGCUCUGCACAGGUCAAACAUGGAUCUUUUUGUCUAAGCAAGCUCGACAACAUCCCAGAGAACUAUUUUGAGCAUUGUCAUUAGAUAAUGGGCGAGAACUCUUCACUUGUUACUGUUGAGGUUACGUAAUGAACCAUUUAGAGUCGGGACAAGGCCCUGGUUUUAUUUCAGUCUGUUCCACAUCAGCCUGAGUCAAAAGUUUUUGUGAGCCAAGGCAGCUCAUUGACCCGGGGGUGUGACUGCGUCAUGCUCAUCAGCACACAGGCAUCAGCUGUUAGCCAAGCAUUUCAUGACAGGGCCGGGUCCUGGAGGUGAUGGGGGUCACAGCGGGAUUUCGCAGCCUUCUACUGUCACCACAGGUGUUGUUUUUAUGUCGCGCUACAUGUGAAGUUGUGGUCAAACUGUUGUGAAUUUCAGGCGUUGAAGCUGAUUUUGACUUUUGCCUGCAGCGGUCACUACGCCACAACCCACUUUCACUGUUUGAUUUCAGAGGGCUGGAGGAGCGAUGGUUGGCGACCUGCCAGGCUGACUGGUUGAGGAGAGGCCUUGCCAGUAGGCAGUAUUUUACCGCUGGAAGUGGUUUCAUUUCCUUUCCGAGAGAGCUGCAUUAUGCGUCCAUCCACUGUAUGUUAUUGCGCUGUUAAAAGCCCAGUGUUUCCACGCAAACACUGGUGUUACAGUUUGUACUUUUAAAGGCGGUCCCUACAGUGCAUUAGCUCAGAGCAAUCAGCCAUCUGCUGCCGCCCCUCAGCCUCUUUUUCAUGCAGCUUAGAAACCGGGAGGAAACAGGCGAUUUUUUUUUUAUCCUCCUGACAGUGAAAGUGGUGGAGAGUUCCCAAAAAUCACAUGCACUCAUUAGGAAUCGCUCUUUGACUGUGAUUUGUGGAAUAAAAGGAAAACUCCAAACCACAUCGGGCGGCCUGCCAGGGAGCUCAGCCCCAGACAGACUCUCCUCGGCUGAUGGUACUUUCCUAAAUUGAAUGACAAAUCUGCAAACUGCCUUUUAACUCCCUGUGAUCUGACAUUACUGUGAUGACUGAAUCUAUUUUGGAAGCGGCAGACACUGUUUCGAUAGACGGCCUCAUAAAAUGUUAAAACAGACUAUUUUUGAUGGCAGGGCUGCGUCUGUGUCGAUUUGAAUAAAUAAUCUCAGGUGGAUCCACGUGAAAUUCUCCUGAAAUGGGAGUGAGAGUUUUCUGUCAGUGUCAGCGUGUUUUUCCAUAAAAAGAUCGAAGAGCCCUCUGAUAGGAAACGACUGAAGUCACUUCCUUUUGUAAAUGAUUAAACUGCAAGUACAGUCUUUUUUUAUUUGCCUCCUGUUUUAGUCAACUGGUUAGCAGAGUGCAUGCUUCCUGAUUGCAGCAAACAAACCACACACUGGUAUUACAGGAAACUGCUGUUACUCAACGUGUUUGCAGUCAGUUCCUCGUCUGUGCACGGUGACUGGUUAACUUUCAAGAUACAGAACCUGAGCGCUGCUAACCUGCAAGAAAAAACCUGAAGUUAUGAUCAGAACUUUGACAAAUGACGAGAACUCUCUCAAUAUGCACAGCCUGAAUUUAUAAGAACAGGGCAGCUGCUCACCUCGCAUUAAAAAGUCUGCAAAUGGGGCACCACCAGUUGGCUUGGUGGUUUAGGUGUGCCCACAUACAGAAGCUGUAACUCCUGUGAAGGCGUUCACUGGUUUGACAAUCAGCCAUGACCCUCUGCAGCAUCCCUCCCUACAUAUGCUGUCUCCCUACAGCUUUACUAUCAGUAAUGCCAAAAAUAUGUCCAAUAAAAUACCAAAUAAUAACAUAAAAUUAUGAUAUUAGUUUUUAUUGUGUCCUCCUAGGGCUGGGCAAUAUAGCGUUAAAUCAAUAUCAUCAAAUAUUGAUCAGUUCACCUCGAUAACGAUAAAUGGAUGAUAACUGCUCCACAAGCCGCCUACCCCCUUCCACAUUAACUUUGUCUACUUGAGUCGCCAUUCCAGCCACUACAACUUUUGAACCGUCCUCCAUCUCCACCUGGGGUGGAGUCACGUCCCUGAUGUAGGACAGCGUCUUAAAGGGACAUCAGACCAUAGCCUACCUACACACAUCCAAAAAAACAACUUUUAUUUAUUUAUCUUUUUUGACACUGAAUAUACCGACAUGGGCAAGAGGACGUUGGUUAUUGUCGUAAAUUUUGGUAUCGGUAAAUUUCAGUUUGUCGCCCAGCUCUAUGUCCUCCCUCCUCUCCAAACUGCAAAUAUAAAAAAACUAAACAUCCUUGCGUUGUUUUUUUCCUGAUGCUGAUCACAUACGCGUGUUGGGCUGAUUCUAAGUGUUUCUAAACCAUCAACAGACUGAACACUUGUGUAGUUUCAUUACCAUCAUAUCCCAGAUGCAAAAUAGGCUGCAUGGCUGCAUGCACAGCUGACGUACAUGUGUCCAGCAUACAAUAAAACAAAUGCAUUUUGAGGUUCUGUUCAACUGCACAUAGUAGUGUCAUAAUGUGGUUCAACAAACCUCAAAUAGAGUGUCUGGAUUUUUGCAGAAACCCACACAAGACCUCGUUUUGGAUGAACUGUGGGUUUGGACAGACUUCCGCAAUGACAGACUUCCUGUCUCUCAAAGUUUGCAAGUUUGCAAGAACAGAGAAGACUAGACAUUUGGACGUCGUUAUCCCCAAGUGUUAUUGAUCAAACGGAGCUAGUGUGCUGAUAACUGUGUCCAUUCGUACUGUUUCACAAGUUCUAAAUGAUCCACAGAGUCGUGAGUUAGUUAGUGAAAGUUAGUUUAUUUCCGCAGUAAUAGUAGUUCUAUUUGUUUUUGAUAAGAGUCCAGACCAAAACACUCAGUGGUUUGUGCGUUGAACAGGCAGACAGUGGGCCAGUCAUUCACAUACCUGUGUUAGUGAGCAAAUGUAAUGAGGAAGCUAAAAGUUAUGUUUCCCCUUCAGGCUGAUCAAUAGGGACAUUUAAGACCUUUUUUAUGCUAAAAUAUUCCACCAGUUUCUGAGAAACCAUAUAGCAUACAGCCAAGCACCUCCAUCUCCAAGAAUAUCAUCUGCAGACAUUUAGGAGAGGUUUUCUCUGUAAUCACUUGUAAAAGAGGAAAAUUAAACAGCAGGCCAGCCACACUAAUGCAAAUACAGUUAGCAUAAUAUUAACAAGGCUAAUGUCAAACAACGUGAAGGCACUGAUAUUAUUAAUGCAAAUGGUCAAAGUACGGUAAGCUAAUAUAGAUAAAAGCAUCUACUGAAUGUAAUCUAUAAGGCUGUCUUUAACGGCUGUUUGAUUUUAAGAUAUCACAUUCACCUUCUGCAUAUCUCAGCAGAGAUUAGAAAGACAGUAGCAGCUACUGAACAAGUCUACUGAGUGAUUGUUUGAAUCCUGGGAGUAGGGGUAGGCGAUAUGGAAAAAAAAUUAUAUCAAUAAUUUUUUUGAAAUUAUAUCAAUAACUUUUUUUUGCAAAGUCACGAUCACGAUGUCAGCCGAAGAAGAUACACUCUGCAGAGUGGAAGGAAAAAGAAAAAGGAUUCUGUAUUUUAUCCUUUUUUCGACGGAUUUAUCCGCUACUGCAGUUACUUUUAUCAACGUGUAAUACAUUAACUCUGUGGGUAAAUUAAAAUUUACUCUCUUAACUUUUAACAUUUUGAUUUGAGAGUGCAAGAAAUGUAUUUAGACACAUGUUAUGGAAAUAAUGCGCACUACAGACGGUUUUACGAUCUCUGUGCUUUGGCAGAUCAUCGUCACUUUUUAUCGUCAGAUCGCACGCCCCUACCUGGGACUCUCAUUGUUACUCUUACACCAUAAAGAUACAAAUACUUCAGACUAGAUUUGAAGUCUGAAACCAAAUCUUUUAUUGUGUCUGCCUAGAGCUGUAUCUGCUGAGAUAAAUCAAUCUGCACACUGUUUGUUACCAUUAUGUUUAAUUAUGAUGCUAAACAAGCUCACCACAUUCAAAAGGUCAGCCCUCAUUAUCAUGACAUGACUUUAUUUACUGCCUGUUCUCAAAUCUCAGAUGCACCAAUGAGCACAGUGUGUAGUAGAAAGAGUGCUCUUCAUCCUCCUCAUUUACAUGUCAGUGAUCAGCGCCUCAUACAGAGGUUAUACCUUGAAUUACCGUCUCUAUAAUUCCCAUUUGUGCUGUAGAUCUUCAUCUUUGACUGCCAGGAUUGCUUUUUUCCAUUUUGUGCAACAAAUAUAAAGUGUUGGAUCUGAACUAACAGAUCUGAGGCAGUGGUGGAGCAGUUAGUCCAGGGUCCUGCAAGAUAAGUGGACAGUUUUUGCCAAGAGAGUUGCAGCUUUGAAGAAAGACAAAUCGCUUGAACUGCCCUCACAAACAGAUCUUUUUCAGGAGGGAUUCUCGACAGGAAGCUCUUGGACAGUUUUAGGAACAAUCUGAGCCUGUCAAGACUUUGAAGAGAAGCACUUAUACUUCCUGCUGGCGAUGCCAUUUUUUGUAUCCGAUAACCAUUGUGAUCCUGAUAAUAUUUAAGGGUGACUCUCACAAAACUGGAGUACGAAGCAUUUUUCCAAAAACAAAUGCUGUAUUGGAGCGCUUGGACUGAGUUUGUUUUUGUCCACAAGGUUCUAGUUCUUAAGUUUUAUGGUGUGUUGGUAACCAGGUUGUAAAGACACCACAGAUUAAGUGAAAUACUUUUUGGUUGUGAAGCAUUUGAAACCAAUUAGCCCCAUUUGUCCCCGAGCAUAACUCAUGAACAGCUGACUUGGACCAUGGGAAUAGAUGGCAUUGUUGAAGGGUGAAAACUCGGCCGUAUCUCCGCUUCAGCCGAAGAAUGCAAAGACAGAGGGGAGCUGUCUGUAAGUGCCUGCAGCAGCCUGAGAGAUGUGGGGAUGAAGAAAAGCGUGUUUUUCUAUCUCAACACUUAGCAGCACAUGUCUAAGGGAUUGAACUGCUGCUCUGUUAAAGUUCGAACAAGAGGAAGCGUUCUUAGGUGGGUGUCAGGUCAGGAAGAACUCACGUUUUUCUCCUGAGGACUGUUUUUUCAGCUGCUUCUGAAGUUAAAGUUUAAGAGAAGGAGCUUUAAUACAGAGACUCCAACCUCCUGUGUGUUGAUUAGUAAAGACCCAAGGCUUUACACCGCAGUGCCUGCAUACUGUAGGUCGUAACAUAAGCCCGAGGUAUUCCAUAUACUGCAUAGCUAGCUGCUUGAGGUAAAGUGACCCUGCUGUCUGAACUAAAAGGAUAAGUCGUUGCGGUGCAGAGUGAAGGUGACAAAUGUGCACUUGUGAAGCAGAUAAGGCAGAAGGAUUCAGGUUUAGUGUUUGCACAGCACAGUGAGAGUCCGGUCUGAGCUGAACUGCUGGAUGAGCAAACAUCGAUUUGAUUCAUUGAAAAGUAGUUCUUUAGGCAGCCUUUGCUCUGUGUGUCUCAGCGGCUUGUCUUAUGUGUGUUUAUGUUUUUACGUCCGGUGUUUUGUCUUGUUUGGGUCGACUAAUUAACUCCCAUGAGGAGGUUUGAGAAGUUUAUGAAACAGACUGACAUUAUUUUGAUGCCUUUUUACGACAUACAAAAGCAAACAAGAACCUAAGGGACAAAGAUUGGUGAUUUUGAUCUUGUUUAGAUGCCAGAAACUGCUGCAGGAGGGUUGGUGUCAGCCAAGGAGCUAUAAGAAACAGCUGUGUUUGUACAUGUGCCUCACAAAAUACUCACCAUGACAAGUUAGAAUGGCACUAUCUAAAAGUCCCUCACAGGUAGGGCUGGGCGAUAACUUUUGAACCGUCCUCCAUCUCCGCACCUGUCUUUCCCUAUUUGUUACGGACUGGAUGGGGUGGAGUCAUGUCCCUGAUGUAGGACAGCGUCUUAAAGGGAUAUGAGACCAUAGCCUAUAUCAACACACAUCCAAACCGACUUUUAUUUAUUUACUUUUUUGACAUCGAAUAUAUUGACACGGGCAAAAUGACGUCGGUUUUUGUUGUAAAUUUCGGUAUCAGUAAAUUUUUGGUCUUACUGCCCAGCCCUACUCACAGAAGCUGUAAAGUUCCAGUUUUGCCAAAGAUAUAUAAACAAAGUCUCAUGUUUGAGUUUCUAAAUUUUGGCUUAAAGUUUUUCAUUUUUCAUGUUUAUAAUUUUUAAAUGUCAGCUGUGGGUCUCAGGAACUACAAGAAUUACUAGUAUUGACGUUUACUUCUAGGGGCUUAACUGUGACUGAAGUCUACUGACCUACCCAGACAUCCACCCACUUAUCCACACAUCUUAUCUUAUCUAUCUGGAGCACUCCUAACUAAAUAAGUAAUUUUAUAUCCUGAGCUGACCCUGGCUUUUGGUCUCAAAGAUAACCUAACAUGGUAGGACAAGAUGAACCAUCUAGGUCAACUUUUGGCUAUCUCUAGGAUUUCAAAAGUUCAAUAAAAUGGGUGAUGGAUGGAAAUAAAAACAUCACAUCCUCCAAGAUGUGCCACAACAAACUUGAACUUAAUAAAGAAUAAGUAAAUACUGAUGCACAGUUGAUAUCGAUUGGUGGCGAUAUGACUGCACCUCCUCUUUAUUUUAUUUGCAUUAGAUCAUUUCUAAGAAGCCGACACACAUCCACAGGUCCUCUGUCUCACUCUGCCAUCACACUGUAGACUUAUUAUUCAUAAGUGACUGCACCCACAACCAUGCAUUAUCACCCAACCCCCCAUUUUUCACCCACAUAUGACUGGUCUCUCUCUAGACUCAGCUUUGCCUCUGCUUUUUGCAUUUCAAGGCGCUACUGGGACCCUGGUUUUUCUUCUUCCUUCUAUCUAGGAUAUUGAAAUGGAGGCAUGCCAGCGAAGGGGAUCAAAUUUAAAGAGAUGAUGCAGCUUAAAAUGCCUACAGGCCAAAAUAUUGCCUCACUUUGCUCCUGCUGCGGUUUUUUUUCCUACCAUUAUUUUCAUCUUCAUAGAUCUGGAUGGGCGCGAUAAGGCGAUUGGGAUGCCGGGAUUAGGAUCAAUGUGGUUUGGGUGUUCGCGGGUGUCGUUUGGGAUUAAGAACGGUGCUCCCCUAGGAGGGUGUGGGAUGGGGUGGGUGUUGGAAGGAGUGUGUGUUGCAAGGAGAGGAGGCGUUGCUCGGUAAUAUGAGGAUGAAUAUACAGUGAGCAAAUGGAAAGAAAAGAGGCCAGCUGGUGUCCAGGCCAAGAGAGCACAAAGACACCGGGAUCACACGCAACAGGGGGGUGCCAUGUCCCAUGUCCUUUGGCUGUGUGCGUGCCAGUCUGUUGGCGCUAGCAUUUUUAAAUCCAGCUCCUACUCUUCUGGAUUCAUAGAAAGAUAAAGGAUUGAUGGUGGCCGGUAAAAAGCCUCUCAGGAACCACAAAGAAAGACUUUAUCCAUCAUAACAAUGGCUGCCAUGACUGUGGUUAAGCCUCAUUUAGAUAACCCUCAAACUUACCCAGAAAAACACUCACACAUCAGUUUUCUGAAAUGGCUUAAAAAUUGGUCCACCACCUACAUCAUUUGGAUGUUUUGUUUAAUCUUGAAAGCAGCAGCAGUUUUUAUUCCUCAAUGGGAAAUCUCUGCGAACUUUUCAGACAAACUGGGAGCAGGAAAUUCACAAUAGUCGUACAGUUUCCAAAGUUUUGGACAUUAUUGAUUUGGACUGUUGAGCUAAUGAUUCAGUCCAUUCACUGUUAGUUUGUUGAUUGUUAGUCUAGUAGUUGUCUGAUCAAUUAGAGGUCUGGAAAAGGUGAUGAAAGUAGAUUCAGUGUCUAUAAAAGUCCAAAAUGAUGUUGUGAAGUUUCAGAUUUAUCCACAAACCGAACAGAAAUCAUAAAAUGUGUGAGCUUAGUAUUUAGAUCAAGAAAAUGGAGAUAAAGUUGUUUGAAGGCCGUGUUUGGUUAAACUAGUAAAGAGCGAUGUAUAAUCAGCACAGGUGUGUGGAUGUUAAAACGACAAAAACUUUUGCGUUUACUCCUAAAUUCCUGUCAGUGUGGACGUGUUGAUACCACCUUCAGACAGACUUUGAAGCGGAGAGUGGUUUGCCCUUCAUCCAAGACCACAAAGCCGUACCAAUUUCUCAUGACUGACUUAGGAAGGGUAGCCUACAGUGGCCUGGAGGCGCGAGACAUGAUAGAGAGGAAAAUCGAUUUGGCAAAAUUAAUUUUUUUAACAUCGUCAUAAUCAAAUAAUCCGAUUACCAUUUUAAAAUCGAUCAACCGUGCAGCCCUACUGCAGACUCAAAUUAUUCAAACUGUUGGAACAAAAAUUCAAUCAUUUGUUAAAGUUCAAGUAUCAGCAGAUUCAUUCUCUUUGGUAUUAGAUCUUAAGUGUGGCUCUCUAACUGAUCCUAAGGAAAAUGAGCCAAAUCUGACACGCUGUGGGAUUUCUUUUAAACAAACAGAUGGGUAAACUGAAUCCAGCUUCACUUGUAGUUGUGCUGACGAUGUGACGCUCUUCUCAGCAUUCAAAUGUUUAGUCCUAAAAUGUUUGUUGCAGUUGGAGGCAUAAACUUAGUCAGACUUUAUUCAGUGAAGUGAUGUGGUAGCACAGCGAGCCAGAGGAGCUUUGAGUUAGUUAAUAAAAUUCUCCGCAGAGACUCGUUGCCUUGAGCUCGGCCUUUCAUGUAGCUCGGUGGCAGUUGGUAUUCAAAACUGGGUCUCGGAGCUCAAAAGUGUCCCAGAAGUCUGUCUCCCAGUCUAACAGUCUGACUCUGGAACUUUUCUUCACCUUGUAGCUCAAUAUUCAAAUUCCUGCACUGCAGUAAUUACCUCUGCAGAGUAGGCCGUGACUUAUUCUGUAAACCAUCAAUCCAGUCAGAAGCACAUUUGAGCUGAAGGGGUUGUUUUUGCUCGGAUUGCAUUGACUUCUUCUUGUUACUGGCUUGUUAUGUUGCAUCUAAGUGGGAAAAAAGUCAGACUAUUUAACUUGGGCGAAAAGCAUAGGAGAAUGAAGUCAUGGUUUUUAUUUGAUGAUUGAUUUCUGAACACAUAAAGGACUGAGGUUCAUUGUCUCAGUGCAUAAGUGGAGCUGCUUUAAGGUACUUAGAGAAAGAGGAAGUAUUACCUUCUUCUUUAGUAGCUUUUAACAGUCAGUGUCUUUCUCAUAAUCAGCUAAUGGAGUCUCCCCAUCCACUGCCCAGUCUUCCUCGUCUUCCUCGUCUUCCUCCCACCUCUCAAUCCCCGAGCUUCAUCCCCUUCUCCUCUUUUUUCCUCAUAAACUUAUCAAGACUUGAGACAGUUUUCACUGUCUCGUCUUGGCUCCUCAGUAUUUAGAUGCACUCAAUGUAGUUUUUCGACACUUGACACCGAAAUUCAUAUUGCUGCCUUUUUAUAAGAUCCAAAAGCAAUCAAGACCAUAAGCAAUAGUUUUUCCAAAUUCCAUUUUUUCCAUUUUUAUUUUUUUUUUAAUUCCGUUUUUUACCUUUUAAACUUAUUUACUACCAUAGGGUGUGUGCUUUUAGCGCCAGUAAAUAAAACGUCAAUUAAUAAAAUGCCAUUAUUCCUAAAUUUAAAGCUGUAAUACAUCAUUGCCCAGUAUUUCAAGUCAAAUGAUAAUGUUGUAACAUAACAAUGUACCGAUAAGUACUUAAAGAACAAAGUUUAAAUAAAUUCAAGCAAUAGCUAACAUGGGCAGCACAGUGUUUUUCUUUGUAAUUAUAGGGCCUAACAAAUCCUAAUUUUUGAUGCCUAAAACCUAGAGCUGGGCAAUAUGGCCUCAAAUCAAUAUCACGGUACAUCGAGCAGUUCACCUUGAUAACGAUAAAUGGACGAUAACUACUCCACAAGCUGCUCACCCCCUCCUACAUUAACUUUUUCUACUUCAGCCGCUACAACUUUUGAACCGUCCUCCAUCUCCUCACCUGUCUUUCCCUCUUUAUUACCGACUGGAUGGGGUGGAGUCACGUCUUUGACGUAGGACAGCAUCUUAAAGGGACAUGAGACUAUAGCCUACCUACACACAUCCAAAACCAACUUUUAUUCAUUUAUUUGACAUGAAAUAUAUUGACAUGGGCAAAAUGACAUCAGUUUUUGUCGUAAAUUUCAGUAUCAGUGAAUUUUGUUUUAUCACCAAGCCCUACUAAAACCCAUGCAAAGGAGUAGGUGUCAGCUGAAGAAACAGACCUGUUUUUACAGUGAUCACAUAAAAUACUAAUUAUAAAUUAAACCAUGGUCGUGUGUAGUUACAUAGUUUUAGGAGUAGAGCUCUAUUUCAAACUUGUCUGUAAUGUUUUCACGACCCAACACUGAUAGAGGUGUAUUUGCUGUUCUUAAUCCCGAAAGCAUGAAAUUCGAUCACUGGGCUGAUUGCACUUUAGGGCUCGAAGGCUUGAAUGUGUUUGUUCCUCCCUCUGAAAGCGUCAGAAAAACAGAGCUGUUAUAUUUAUAGUUCCACCCUCAGUAAUCGGUUCCUUUUUCCAUUCAGAGUUUUUCUCUUUACAUCCGUCCAUGUCGGGGUUUGGGGUGCUUUCACCGCCGCUUGGACUGAUGGAUGACUUUGCUUGUCGAUGUGUAAACCUGGCUCUUGGAUCCGCCGCAUGCAUAUGGAAAGUCUGUUUACAUUGCCAUCACACGUAAUGAGGGAGACCCGAUGCAAAUUGGCUGUCCACGGGGAUUCCAGCUCACAAACACAGUUUUCCACCAGCUGUUUAACAAAAGAGCGUGCAUGUGUGCGGAGUUUACAAAGACACGCUCAUCUCCUUUGUGCAGCAGAUAACGGAUCAUUAAGCAUAAAUGGGUCAUGAUGCUGUCAUGACAGAGGAUUAGACUUAUGCAGAUACACUUUGAUCUCAACAACACACACGCACACACACACACACACACACACACACACACACACACACACACACACUCACACACACACAAACCCUUGCAGAGUGCCUUCCUCCUCUCUGCAUCGCUCAUUAGCAAGAAUCAAUCUGCAGCUCUGCACGGUGCCAGAGCACUUGUAGGCACACACUGCUAAUAAGGGCCCAGGAGACAGACAGACACACACACACACACACACACAUCACACACACACACAUGUACAUAGAUAUGAACACCUUCACUGAUGCACCAGCCUGUCAGAGCGCGGGGAAACCUGGCCAAGCCUCUGCCGCUGAUAGAGAGCGGUUCAAAGAUACAGAAGCGGGGCGAGAGAGAGAAUGUGUACCGGAGUCCUCAGCACAUUUUCAUGUCCUUAUAUGGUCGUAAACCACGCGGGGGAGGGAGGGGCUGUCUUCUCACUGUCAGUUUGACAUGUGACCUGGAAACAGGAAGUGUUGUGGUGAAGCAGAAGCAGUAGAAGAGAAGUGAAGAAGAGGAAAAUGAUUGCUCAGAUGUUGCUUUAGACUGAGAGAGACGCUGAAGAGCGUCAGUCCAGCCUGCAAAGCUCUGGCACAGUAACAUUACCCCCUCUGUUGGACACUUCCACUCAGUGUUGAUACUGUCAAGUCUGGUGUUAGAUUGCUGAGUGCGCUGAGUUAAUCUGACUUGUAAAGACAUGAGAGCGAUAUUUUGAGAUUAUAUUGGUGCUUUUAGACAGAAUAUGAAAAUUCUUUUACACAUAUUAUGGUCAAUCGAAAGAUUUUAGAUUUUUUUUUCAGAGUAAUAUUGAUUUUAGAGGAGAGGAUUUACUGAUAAACAACAUGGCAGUCAAUUAAUCGAGUCCCAAUAGUAAACUUGGAUUUUGAAAACCUUUUGUAGGUUAUUCACCAGUUUGCUCUUCACCUGCAUCACUGCCGAUAACUGCAAUAGGUCCAGGUCCAGACAGAUAUUUGGGUCCUUUUCUGGAACUGUUUCACAAUUUUUGGCAAAAGUAUUCUGGAUACGAUCCCUCCAUUUUUAAAUGUUUCUGUUUUUUUGGUCUAAUCUGUACCCCCCAGUCUUACCGUUCGCCUUGUCUCUGUUUUGUCUGCAGGUACGCAUAGCAGCUAACUUUGUCAUCCAUGCCCCGCCAGGAGAGUUCAAUGAAGUAUUCAACGGUGAGUACACCCUUCUCCUUCCUCUGCAUAUGCUUCAAAUGCUACACUUCAUGUUAUGGAUUUUGCUGAAAGCAGUGGAAGUGUACAUGCAGCUUAAUGUGACUGUGUCUAAUACACUGCUGCAUAUAUUCAGGAUUCAAUGGUAAAUUACAGGCAGAAGUAGGGCUGGGCGAUAAACCGACUGAUACAGAACUCAGGGCUUGAAGACCUCCAGCACGAUGCUGGAAAUCCGGCUCGGGAUUUUUUUAAAAUUUCUAAAUCAUGUAAAAAAAAAACCUAGUUAGUUAGAUCUGAAUAUGACCAGUAGAGGGCAGCAUUACGCUGGUUAGCAUACUUCCUGCAGAAGAAGAAGGACGCAUCAUUGAGCAGCGAACGGCAAAUUUCAAACGAUAGAUGCCAGGUACAUCAAUCCAGGAGAAGAAACAGCGAUAUUGGAAGCUGGGCUUGGGCAGAGAAGGCUGGAAAAAAUGGAAAGCCUCAUGGCAGCUGGUGCCAAAAACUGAAAGAGUCAGGUGCUUGUUAUUGUGUGUCGUGCGCCGGAAAGCUUAUAAAUGGCAGCAAUGGGAAAAAAGUUUGGUGAAGUUGGAAAGAUAUUCACAGAUUCUGACUCCCGGGAUCAAUAACUCUAAGACGAAAUGUUGUCUAAACACAAAUGAUUCAUCUUUCAUGUCGUAAUAGCACAGACUACUAGCUACAAGAAUCAAAAACCCGUUUUGUUUUACAAAAACAAGCUUUUAACUCGAUGAAUAAUAAAUCCCUAUGCUCAGCCGGUAGCCGGGCGAGUGCGCAGGGAUCGUCUGCAAAUUACCAUACAAGAGCAAGACGCUGCAAACAAAAAUCAAUAGCUCUGCUGUUAUACAGUAGAGACCCCAAAAUCACCGAACACAACAUGACAUAAUUUUGCCCAUAUCGAUAUAUUCAGUGUCCAAAAAAAUAAAUCAAAAUUGGUUUCGGAUGUGUGUAGGUAGGCUAUGGUCUCAUGUACCUUUAAGACGCUGUCCUACAUCCAGUCCAUAACAAAGAGGGAAAGACAGGUGAGGAGAUGGAGGACGGUUCAAAAGUUGUAGCGGCUGAAGUAGACAAAGGUCAUGUGGGAGGGGGUGAGCAGCUUGUGGAGUAGUUAUCGUCCAUUUAUCGUUAUUGAGGUGAACUGCUCAAUAUGUCGUGUUAUUGAUUUGAGGCCAUAUCGCCCAGCCCUAGGCAGAAGCCUCAAUUUUUGCCCAGCUGAGGUUGUUUGUUGUAUUUUUACACAUCAGUGAAGUUAGAAAACAGACAGAUGGACCGACAGUCAAGUCCCAGCUCUUUUUGACACUCUUGUGGAGAAAUCAGGUGUGGACUGACAGCUGGAACUGAUCAAGAGAGCACUGACUCUUAAAAAGUUUGAGGAAAAGUUUAAUGGAAAUUCACACCAAAUUGCUCUAAUACAUAAAAGUUAAUGUUUUUUAAUCCCUUUAUAGAUUUAACUUCGGUGUGAAAGAAGCCAAAAUAGAAAUGCUGCUGUUUAUGUGUUAUUUAUUUUUUCUCUGAGGGAGCAAAAAGAGACGAUGAUGUUUUGGUCAAACUGCAGCUCACCCUGCAGCUUCAGUGUUGACUCCACACUGCUAAAGCUGUGCCCCGCCAGAGAGUGUGUGUUUGUGUUUUGGCAUCGUUGAAACUCCGUCCUGCCCCUAUAAAUGUCGUCACCUCAUAGGAGCGCCAGUGGGCUGUCUGUCUGCCCCUUAUCACAGCCUGACAGCCAAACACACACACACACUCACAUGAAGACACAGUCCCCUCUCGCCACUUUGUCCCCUUUCAUCUCUGCGUGAUUUUACAGCCUUUUCCACUGAGCUAAUUUACCGUGUCUGCUCCACUCUCCUGGCAUAAACGCUGCGAAGAUUGACUGCAGGCUGCUCCGGCUUUUGUGUUGCCGUGUGUGUGUCAUGGUGUUAAUCUGCUGUAGCUGUCUCCUCUCUCUCCCUUAAUAAUCUUUCCUUUCUUCUCCUCAGAUGUGCGAUUGCUGCUCAACAAUGACAAUCUUCUCAGGGAAGGUGCAGCGCAGUAAGUAUCCGCCUCCUGCUGUUCUUCAAGGUCUCCGGCAUGUUUUCCAAACUUCAAGAUUCAGGUUUGAAGAGUGAAAGCAGCUCUGUUCCCUGUUGGACAAACAUACAGUGAUUUGAACAGUUCAAAAGGCAAAAAUAAAUGUGUUUCAAUGUUUGGACCAGUCUAUGCAUUUUCCUCUUAUACAGCCAGCAUGUAUUAUACAAGCAGACAGAAGUUAUUUAGCCGUUCUGUUUGAGACUGAAGUGUCUGUCUCUCUCUCUGCAGUGCAUUUGCCCAGUACAACUUGGACCAGUUUACUCCGGUGAAAAUUGAGGGAUAUGAAGAACAGGUAAAGUGAUGGGGAACGCCUAGAGGAUGAUUAAAAUCACACCGUGUCGCCUGAAUCUGCUGACUGUCACUUUUCCUGUUGCGCAUCACACUCUGCAGCAGCUUCAGCACGCAUGUUACUGCUCCACCGCAUCACUUCUGACUCAUUGUUAUGAGCUGAUUGAUAUUUGAAGCAGAGGAGAGUUGAGAAAAUAUGACUAGAUCAACAAUAACCUGAGCCCUCUACUGUAAAAAAAAAGAUAUGAAAGAGAGUUUUGAUUUGAUUUUAAUCAGAAAUGACUCCCUAACGCAGUUCAGAUCGCCUUACCUAAGCAAAAAAAGCAGUUCAAAGCGAUGAUCCUUUAAAGCAGAGUAAAAUCAGCACAGCUAGGGCGUAAAGGCUACAAAGGCGAUUCAGAGAUAUUUUGUUAUUAUGGCUGUAAAAUGGUCAUAAAAGUCUGAGAGCUUUGGUCCCUUUUUCUAAGAGAACUUGAACUUCACUUUUUAACAUCUGAUUGGUGAUUAUUCCACAUUAUAUGGGAUUGUCAGCUGUUUAAAAGAAGAAAAUACAAAAACUAAUUUGUUUUUUAAUGGCUUUUAUGAGAGUUUUGAUUUCACAUUUAAAAGGUUAACCUAGACAUGUUUAGAAUCAGAAAGUCCUUUUUUUUAAGUCUAGGACUCUGGGUGUGCAAAUGAUGCACAAUUUACUUCGUCUGAACACGCCCUAGUUCAGAGGAAGCAUCCUCCGAAUAGCUCUUCUCUUCCUCCUCCUCCUACGUACUUUAACGGCUAUUUCAUAUCUUACUAUGUAUGUACUACUAUUUACGACUAUUUACUACUAUUUAUUACUUUAUUUCUGCAAAAAAAACACUAUUUCGCUUGCUCUGUCUGACUUCACUCUCCUUGUCCACUCUCCUGUUCUCCCUCGCCCCUGUCAAAGUUGCAGUUUUGGUGGUACCAUUCAAGAUUACGCUAAAAUAUACCAAACAUCAUAUAUUGACAGAAAGCACAGAUACUCAUCUGAAUUUUUUAGAUUGAGCAAACUUUCAAGGAGUUACAGUAUUGAAAAGCUGUGUAGUGCUCUGCCAAUACUUCCUGUGUUUUGCAAUGACUUCCUACCUCAUAAGUUACGACUAUGGUAGUAAAUCAUAUUUGUGAGCAUGACCACAGCUCUCAGCGUUAAAAUUUUCUGAUCAGACAAACUUUGACGGAGUUACGGUAAUAACACUCCAGGCAUACAAAACAUGGUGCCAGCACUAUGGCCGUAGGUAGAGGGUCGAUCAUCAAAACAAAGAAUGCUUUUAAAAAUUGAAUAUAGUUAUUACUGUUCAACAAUGAGUUAUAAAUUAGAGUGAAAAAUAAUUAAAUAAGAGUGCAAAGAUGUACUGCACAUUAAACAAAAGGUCAUUAACACAUCUUUAGGACAAAAUGUAAUGAAAAUAUUAGUAAAGAAUGGCUUGAAUAUCAUUAAAACAAAAGUUAUCUGACUUAUUUGCAUCUACAAAACUCAAGGUGGAUGUAUUCAGCGCGAAGACCAGAGUAAAGAGUUCAUUAAUAUGACUCGGAAAAACAAACAUACUUUGUUUGUUCUCCAUUCUCUGUGUUUUUUUUGUACUGGUUUCGCUGGGAUCAGAAAAGUUCUUCAACUUAAAAAGUCAAGUAAAAGAGUCAACACAGCGUGUGAAUUUGUCAAACUUUGAUCAAAACAGGAGCAACAUCACGGGACUCAGACACAAGGACACAAUAAUAUUUAUCCAGAUUUUAUGAUGGCUUACAUGAUUAUGGUCUCAGGAGUCUUUAAAAGGGGACAGGGUGUUUGAUUAAGGGAUCAAACAAGUCCCAUUAUUCCCCUUUGCCAUCACAAGAAACAGGCGCACAAACACAUUAUGAUUUAAUGUCACUGGCUGUGAGUUUGUGUGAACACGGAGCUGAAGAAAUAUGCCUGUGUGUGUGUCAGCGUCAGUAAUAAUUGCAGGAUCUUAUGUAAAGAUGUCAUCAUGUCCCUGUGUUCCUGCAUCAGGGGUUGAAAUUCCCUAGUCUGACACCCAGCAGGCUGAGCUAAGUGCUGAGGUGGAAGUCGUAAGAUGGAAACUUGAGGCUGACGUCUGUGUCCUGCAUGCACUUUGUUACUUUCUUUUUCAUGCUCUGUUUGUCUUUUCCUCUGUUUAUUCUCUGUUUCUUUUUCCUCACCUGUGGUUGCUCUCUGUGUGUCUUGCCCUCCUCUCAUCUAUUUCGUCUCUCUAACUCUCAUUUCACUCUUUUCCAGGUCUUAAUCACAGAGCAUGGCGACCUCGGUAAUGGCCGGGUGCUUGACCCCAAGAACAAGAUCUCCUUCAAGUUCGACCACCUGAGGAAGGAAGCCAGCGACCCUCGGCCCCAUGAUGUGGACAGCUCUCUGGAGGGCUGGAGGAGCGCUGUGGACUCUGCUGUCAGGGCUUACGUCAAGGAGCAUUAUCCCAGUGGAGUCUGCACCGUACGUCCCCCAGCCCACACAGAAACACACUUAUAUUUCUCAGAGCACAUAGAAGCUCCUUACAUAUCACUUAUUGAAGUCUGCAGUCUGACAUGCAACCUUUGGCAAUGAAAAUAAGGGUCAGUGCAGGGUUCCUACACAGUUGGAAUUUGCAUACCCUCUUUUUUUAGAAUUAUUUCUUGAAAUACCUACUUUUUGUUUUUAGAAAACAGUAUUUUAGAACUGUGGUAAUUGUCUGGAAACACAGUUGUUUUUUCAUACUUUAUUUCUCAUUUACCAUACUUUUUAAGACCUGGACAUUGAUCAAACUACUUCCAUACUUUUCCAUAGUUGUUUAGGAACCCUGUCAGUGAGUGUGAUAUAAACUGUCAUUCUUCAAGUGUCUACUAGAUUCAUCAACAGCCGUGUUAAAAUUUUACGUUUACAACCUGGUUUUAAAAAAAAUUGUUUUGGUCUAAGCAGCUUGUUUCUUAAUUUCUGAAUUUUCCCCUCUUUUAACUCACCUGUUUUUAAGAGACUAAAACUUUUGCGUAAAUUUUCAUGGCUGUGGUGUAACUGUUUGCCAAGAGGCCUGGGACCCACCUCAGUUGUGAGUGUGGUUAAGUCUGCAACUCCAACUCAAAUUUGGGAUCCAUAACUUUUAUUGGUGGCGUCACUGAGACUAAAUCUAUGUUUUAUACAGUCUAUGAUGAAAACAGAGCAUAUCUGGACCUGACUCUACUGUGACGGCAGCAGGGUGAAGCUCUGAGUAGAAAGACGUGUUUAAAUGGUAGAAUCGCUGUUAUCUAAGCUAGGGCUGGGCGAUACGGCCUCAAAUCAAUAUCACAGUAUAUUCAAUCAAUCAAUCAAUCAAUCAAAUUUUAUUUAUAUAGCGCCAAUUCACAACAGUCGUCAUCUCAAGACGCUUUUCAAGGAACAAGAGCAGGUCAGGACUGCGCUCAUUGUUUGUCAUAUUGAGCAGUUCACCUCGAUAAAGAUAAAUGGAUGAUAACUACUCCACAAGCUGCUCACCCUCUCCCACAUUACCUUUGUCUACUUCAGCUGCUACUACUUUUGAACUGUCCUGCACCUCACGUCUCCGAAGUAGGACAUCAUCUUAAAGGGACAUGAGACCAUAGCCUACCUACACACAUCCAAAACCAACCUUUAUUUAUUUAUGUAUUUGACACAGAAUAUAUUGACAUCAGCAAAAUGACGGUUAAAUUUCAGUAUCGGUAAAUUUUCUGUUUAUCGUCCAGCCCUAAUCUAAGCUUUCAGUGAGAAACACUUAUUGUCAUUGUCAUCUUCACGCUCUGACUCGACUUAUAACUUAUUUUGUCUCUUUGCUGACACCCAAAAUGCAAAGUCUUAAUGAUCUUCGACCACACACACUUUCUAAAGCGGUCUUUCACAGGAAGCUCAGAGCGAGGACUUGAGUUUCACCUAUACAGUGCAGGAAAUACCGAUUGGCCAAUACUGUCUGCUUCAUAACACUUCUUUCUAAUCAUGCAAAGUGAACCGUGAUGUUCUGUCACAGAUACAAGAGGGUCUAAUGUGAGUCCUAAUGAGCUGCGGUUUGCAGAAAUGAAAACGUGUUAUAAAUUACAGUCUCGUUUACAGGUCAACACCAGCUUUAUUUUGAAGCUGUUAACCACAAACCGCUGCCUCGUUCAGUUGCUUUAUAUGUGCAGAAGUGAAGUAGAGCUCGGUCUUUGAAGAAGAGACAGAAGAGGUAUGAGACACUUAAAAUGAGAUUAAAUAAUUUUAUUUUAUUUUCAGAUUUACGGGAAAACCAUCGACGGACAACAAACCAUCAUCGUGUGUAUCGAGUGCCAUCAGUUUCAACCCAAAAACUUCUGGUAUGUUUGCCAAAGUUUCUGGACUAUCAGUUUGGCUUUGUUUUGCACCACUUGGCUUUACUUCUUUGCAGUACAGAGGAUCAAUUAAAGAUGACAGCCUGGGUUUCUGUCUGAACAUAAAAGCAGUAUUCACCCUUGGAGUCCAACAGCUUGUAAUAAUCUUGUAGUGGUCAGCAAAUCACUUCUUAUUUUAAAAAAAAGAUGUUAAGAUACUGAAAAAGCCUGAGCAAUCUGAAAUGUUUGAUUUAUAGCAGCCGCUCUAAAGGCAUUAAGUUAAUUAGCACUUCACACCACAGAGUUUAGACGGCCGCCCCUCAUAAGCGUCGCUGAGCUGUUUCUGAUCGGGUUAAUCUAAUUGGAUAAGAAGUGCAACAAUCCUCUUUGCUGCUGGCUUUCUACCGGGCUUAUGGGUUGUUGGGUGUAAUGAUCCCACGGCUCCUUUAUGUGACCAACAUGUGUCAGUGAUGGGAAAGCAGUCGAGCUGAUUAAGGGUAAGAUUGUAAAACUGUAAUUGACAGAUGCACCAUUAACUUUCCCUCCAGAUAUUUCAAUUUGCACAUUAAAAAAGGGAAUAAAAUACUUGAUGGUUUGGAUUUAAUAUCAAGAAAGCAUCUGAUUGGAAAGUUUAUUAGCUUUUAGAAAGAGUGCCCUCAUUUUUCAUACUUGUCCAAGCAAAAGUAACUCCAUUAGGUUUAAUAAUAUCUAUCAGAACCAUGCUAGCUGCAAGCACUCUUUUAUGGCAUCAUGAUCAUUUAUUCGCAUGUGUGCAGUCCUCAGAAACAGCCCUGUUAUUAGAAUUUUGUAAUUACCGUAUUUUUCGGACUAUAAGGUGCACUUUAAAUCCUUAAAUUUUCUCAAAGAUUGACAGCGUGCCUUAUAAUCCAGCACACUUUAUGUAUGAUUAAUUGAUGUGCUUACUGACCGAUUUUUUGUGGUACAAUAUGCUCAAAAAUCUGUCGCAAUGUGUAAAUACGGCUUUGGCUAGCAACAAAGUAGCUAGCACCACUCAAUGGAUAUUGGGAGCAUUACAGUACGCUGUGUCACUACCUGAUCGGUCCCGUAACAGGACCCCUAAGCAGUCUACAAGACUGCCUGACUGUAAUGUCUAAACUAGAAGCGCGUUCAUUUAAGACAUCUGGGCUCAGUGUAUGUGCUAGCGACAAUGUGCCAAUGCUUAAUUUGCCUUACAAUCCGUAUGCGCCUUAUGUGUGAACAUAGACACGUUAAUUCACAGUGUGCCAUGUAAUCCAGUGCGUCUUAUCGCCUGAAAAUACGGUAAUUGUUCAUUAUAAACGACAUAUUUGAGUGUCAUGAGUCAGCAGGAUGAGGUUUUCUUCCUGCUUAAGCAUGUCGAAGACAAAAAAAGAAAAGACUGCAUUGUCCAUAGGGGGCGCCAAAAUCAACUAAAACCAAAAGCUGCUCACAGGAGCUUUAAACGUAUCUGUUGUUAAAUAGUGCAGCUGAGAUGAGAACACCCUGCAUGGUUUGUUUUCUCUCUUUGCAUCUUAACCAAAUUCAAAGCUGACGUCUAACUGCUUGAUUUUCACAACCAACAACAGCGUGGUCAAUAUUUGUGUUUCCUGAAGCAGACCAUGUACAACACGGAAACUCCAAACUGUUACCUGUAUGUGAUGUACCUGCAAAAAUGUAAACUCACUGGGUGUUUUUCUCCCCUCUCUCCUUCUGUACAGGAAUGGACGCUGGAGGUCAGAAUGGAAAUUUACCAUCUCUCCCUCCACCACUCAAGUGGCAGGAAUCAUGAAAAUCCAGGUAUUGCAUGGAUCAUAUGUGUAUCUGUAUCAAUGUAUUUGUCAGUAUACUUUUUUCUGUUUGAAUGUUCUACUCUGAAGUUUUUAGAAAGCUUGUCCUGCUCUAUUUUUACUUUUUUUUUUAACCAUUGUUUGAAUGAGAGACUGUUGUUGUCUUCUAAGUAGAUGGAAAUUAAAAUGUUGAUAAUUUCAGGUUCAUUACUAUGAAGACGGCAAUGUUCAGCUGGUGAGCCACAAAGAGGUCCAGGAAUCCAUGUCAAUUUCUGUGAGUUUAACCUUAACACGUGUUAAUAUGAAUACUCAUAUGUUGUCAGUUUCUGCUUUACCUCUUAGAAAUACUAAACCGACUACCUUUUCACUCUUGAUAUUGAUUAUGCCUGCUUUUCCAUCUUUCAGAAUGAGGCUUCAACCGCGAAGGAGUUUGUGAAGAUUAUGGAAGCUUCAGAGAACGACUAUCAGGUCUGUGAAAUGUGACCCUGACCUCCUGUUGUAGGUGUUCCUGUGGUCUUAACUGAGCUGGGUUCCUGUUUAUAUGGAACUUACUGUGGCUCAGUUACCAAGUAACAUUUGUGGUGUGAGAUAAAGAGUUUUUCUCAUGUCUGGGUUGAAUGAUGAAACACAUCGCUUUCAUGCUGCAAAACAAGAUUUUCCUGUGGGUGUUAAGUUUGAAAAAUACCAAAGAUAGAAAGCUGAGUCAUGCUGAUAAAUUUAGAUGUAGUCUUUUUUAAAGGGAGAUUUCCAUGCUGACUAUUUAGUUUAGCAGUUAUGACAUUUUAUUUAGCUUUUUCUGGAGUAGAAACCCAAAUAGAGUUGACCAAGACUUCCAGGAAUAUAGAGAUCGAUCAAAUAUAUUUAGAUUAAUAUUGACAUACUCCCUUUUCUCUACUCUUUCUCUGUUUUUCUACUGUUCCCUUCAGACGGCCAUCAAUGAGAAUUACCAGACCAUGUCGGACACUACCUUCAAAGCCUUACGCCGCCAGCUUCCUGUGACACGCACCAAGAUCGACUGGAACAAGAUCCUGAGCUACAAGAUCGGCAAAGAGAUGCAGAACGCUUAAAAGAAAAGAAGAAGAAGAAAAAACACCAGAGAACAUAACAGACAACAACCCCCCACCCAUCCCCACCCAAUCCCGAACAAACAUUGCAUGACUGGAUAGUUGUAUCGUCUUUGUACAGAAAUUAGAGAAACAGGAACAAAGAAAGGUUUGGUCUCACAGCCGGGUGUCACAUUACACAUUGGAUGUCUACUUUUAUUGUGUUAUUUUGUUUUUAUACAGACACUGAUAUCUCCUCUGUAUAUUCAAUCUAUGGUGAUGAAAGAUAAUCCACAAAUAUAACUUGAGGAAUUAUUUCAAGACAUAGGAAAAAGGAGGGGCGACACUUGUAUGCAAAACAUCCCUAUGAAAAAAAAACAAUAUAUGUGUGCAAUAUUUAUUGUGUCAGUGAGACCAUGCCUUUUAUUUGACUUCCUGAAUUUAAAUAAAACGGUUUGAGUUUGCAAUGAUGGUGAAACAAAUCUGCAUCUAUAUUUGGCUGAAAACAAUGACUCCCUUCACCUCACGGUUAACGUCCCGUACAAUCAAUGAUAAAAACAUAUGUGUUCAUUGACUGGUAUUUUCGGCACAAGCAGUCACCACUGUGAGCCACUCAAUGUUCUUGUCCCCUCAUCCUGGUACUCCCCUCACCGUGUGUCCUGUACGUGAGUUUCCACGCUCACAGGCUAAAAUCGCCUUUUUCGACUCGACAUGAUCGUGCAGACUCUUUCUCAGCGCGGAGAGCUCUGUGACCACUUACCUAACAAGCUUGACUAACAAGUCAUCAGUCAUCGCUAAGUAAUGUGCAUAAUGUCCAAUUUACAAUAAAUCAAAACGUAUCACUUUCUCCUCCAGUGCUUAUUUUUAUUAAAAACAGAACCUGACUGUAUUAUAUAACAAGGCACAUUGUAAUAUAUACCUGUAUGAAACAUCCUGUCUGUCAGUUUGGUGGUUUAUUUCCAUGAGAUUAAUUGUAAUUCAGUCACAAUUAUGUUGCAUUAAAUGACAAAUUUUCUAUUUAUU